GCGUGUGUUGACUGCAUAGCAGCUGUGUGGAAAUUGGAAACUUUUCUUCAUAUUAAAAUAAUCUCUUGUUUCUUUGCUGUGUCGCACUCUUCGAUUAACAAUGUCAGGUAAUUUACUAUUGACACUGUUGGGGUUAUGCUUCUUGCUCAGCUGCAAUGCUCAAAAUCAGAGAAAUAUAACCCUGGGAUCCAGCCUCACAGCAGGAUCCAAUUCCUCUUGGCUCUCACCCUCUGGCGAUUUCGCCUUCGGCUUCUAUUCUCUCACAAAUGGCCUCUUCCUUGUUGGGAUAUGGUUUGCUAAUAUACCCAAUAAAACACUACUUUGGUCUGCAAAUCGGGAUCUUCCACUGCCAACAGGAUCGAUCGUCGCUCUGUCAGAGGACGGCAGAUUUUUGUUUACACACACCAAUGGAACCAUAUUUACUAUACACGAUGGUGAUGCCAGUUCAGGCUCCAUGCAAGAUGACGGCAAUUUCGUCUUGAUGAAUUCAGGUUCAGAAUUGAUUUGGCAGAGCUUUGAUCAUCCAACAGACACAAUUCUACCAGGCCAAAAACUCAACGAGGGUCAGUUCUUGUUUUCCAAUGCCAACGGAACAGUGGAUUUCUCAACCGGAAGAUUCAGGCUGGCGAUGCAACCCGAUGGAAAUCUGGUGCUUUCAGCUUUCCGAUUAGGCGGUCCAGGUUAUUGGUUCACUGGAGCUUUUGGAAACUCCAGUUUGGUCUUCAACGAGAGCAGUGCAUUAAUGUAUAUCGCUAAUGAAACUGCGAUUUUUUACCAGAUGACGAAAGAGAGCGAUUUACCGACUUCAAUCAGUAGCUCUUACCACAGAGCAACCAUAGAUGAUGGUGGAAAUUUUCAGCAAUAUAUCCAUCCCAAAGUUCACGGAAGCCGAUGGAUAAGUGUGUGGAGAGCAAUCACCCAGCCAUGCACUGUGAACGGCGUAUGCGGUGUGUAUGGAUACUGCACAACCGAUAACAAUCAAACACAAACAGUAACUUGUAGCUGCCUUAGUGGUUAUUCUCUCUUGGACCCAGAUAUCCCCUCCAAAGGUUGCUUUCCUGACAUCCCACCGGAACAGUGCAGCAACAACACUCGGUCGCAGGUGACGUACAAAAUUGAUCAGUUUGAAGACGCUGAUAUUCCAAAUAAUUUUGAGGCAGAUUUGGCAGAGAUAAGAGAUAUAGACCUUGCCAAUUGUACCAAGGCAGUUCAGGAUGAUUGCUACUGCACGGCUGCUACAUUCAAUGCAACUGAAUCUGUUUGUCGCAAGAAAAGGAUUCCUUUCUUUACUGCGAGGAAGAGCAACCCUGCUACUAAUGGGAUGAUAACCCUCAUCAAGGUUCCUGUUGGGACUAAUAAUGUUCCAGAGGACGGAGAAAACGAUUCACGUACUGUUAUUAUAGUUUGCCUUUCAGUAACCAGCGUGCUCGUCCUGUUCUUCGCAGCGUUUGCGCUCUACUACCACCCUAUAACCAAAAGAUUCAGAUCGAGAAAACCUCUAACCGUUGCAUACGCAUCAGAUUUUAACUUGAGAGCAUUUACGUUCCAGGAGCUACAUGAAGCGACAGAUGGGUUCAGUAACAGGAUUGGGAAAGGAUCUUUUGGCACUGUUUACAGUGGGAGUGUUGGUUUCGAGGAUAAACAAAUUGAUAUCGCAGUAAAGCAGUUGGACAACGUGAUUGAACAGGGUGAGAAGGAAUUUUUGACAGAAGUGAAGGUAAUUGGCCAAACCCAUCACAAGCAUUUGGUUAAGCUAGUGGGCUUCUGCAACGAGAAAAGCCAUCGGCUUCUGGUUUAUGAGUUGAUGAAAAAUGGGUCAUUAUCUGGUUUCUUAUUUCGAGAAGAAGAGAAACCAAGCUGGAAUCAAAGAGCAACCAUAGUGCUUCAAAUUGCGAGGGGUUUAUUAUAUUUGCACGAGGAAUGUGAGACUCAAAUUAUCCACUGCGACAUUAAGCCACAAAAUGUGCUACUUGAUGAACAUUACACACCCAAAAUUGCAGACUUUGGCCUAGCAAAGCUACUAAUGAAGGAUCAAACAAGAACAAGCACCAACGUGAGGGGAACAAUGGGUUACAUGGCGCCAGAAUGGCUGAAGCAUGCGCCAAUAACAGCGAAAGUAGAUGUUUACAGUUAUGGAGUGAUGCUGCUGGAAAUAAUUUGCUGCCGAAGGCACAUAGAGCUGAAUAGAGUCGAAGAAGAGACAGAAGAGGAUGACUUAGUGUUAACAGAUUGGGUGCUGAAUUGUGUUAGAACUGGGAGGCUAAACGUGGUGAUUAAUAAUGAGGCAGAAGUAAUGGAAGAUUUCAAAAGGUUUGAGAGAAUGGCAAUGGUAGGAUUAUGGUGUGUUCAUCCUGACCCUAUCCUCCGACCAACCAUGAAGAAGGUGACACAAAUGUUGGAAGGCACAGCAGAAGUAGGAGUUCCACCACUUGCUCAUGCUCUGUCAAUAUCUUACAAAUAAAGAAUAACAAAACUACAGCUUAAUGUCCAUGAGAAUUUUUCCAGAACCUCUCAACCUUUGAGUUUGAGUUUCAAAUUCCAACCAACUGUAUCAGAAAAGCUAGAAAUAAUUGUCUUGAUGUGGAAUUUUGUUGCACCCCACUCGAUUCAAUAGAUCUUCUUGCAAUAGUACAGAAGUAAGCAUAAGAAAAAUAUUCUAACGGUAGCCCAAAAACAACACAGAAGAAAUGAGGACCCAGUGGACGUUGUCGUUUUGUGGUUUGUUUCGUACAAAUCAAAAGGAGCUAUUUUAACUGAGUUGGAGCUGUUAGAGCAAAUUAAAAAGGGUAAAGGUUGGAUGAAAUCCAUGUAAAGUUUUUCAUUACACUUUUAAUAAUAAAUUAGCUUUUAAAUUUA